CAGUGGCGCUGGUGGUGGCAGACGCUGCAUUUUCAUUAGUGUAAUGUCCAGAGAAGCUCCAGAAUUAUGUAAGAGUGACGUGCUGUCAUCCCCGCUCGGCCGGCCCACUGCCUGGCAGGAACGUGGCUGUUUGUUUUCCUUUUAUCCUCCCUCGCUCAGAAAAGCCAAAAGGACAUCUCCGAGUCGGCGGUCGGGGACGGGGAUCGUAGAGUCCUCACCGCGGGGACCUCGGCGUUCCGGGCACUGGAGCCGUGGCUCACGUGGAGACCUGAGAUGAAGAGCGAACGUGCGGAGAUGUUGAAUCUGCUUCUGCACUUUGUUAGAAGAUGAGUGUUGGCUGUGUAGCAGUGUUCGGAGCAGCGUGGAGCGCGUGAUGCUCUCCGUGUUAGAGCAGAAUUAGAAGAUGAAGUUUAAGAAGUUCAUCACCAUCAUGCAGGCAGCCAUGGGGAUCGUACCCCUGAACAAAAGGGAGCUUCUGCCGCCCGGCAGGAAACUGUGGAGACCUCCAGGGGACCAGCCGGGCUGUGACCAGACCCGCACUGACCUGCUCAAGUGCAGCCGCAAGUUCUGUUGGUCCAGAGAAGCCCACUACUUGUACCUUCGCCGCCUCUCUUCCCGAAGCUACUCCGCUAUUACGAUGAACCCGGCCAUGGAGGAGACUGUGUGGGAGCAGUACACUGUGACCCUGCAGAGGGAUCCCAAGAUGGGCUUUGGCAUUGCCGUGUCAGGGGGUCGUGACAACCCGAAUGAGGAAAGUGGCGAGCAGUCCAUCGUGGUGUCGGACGUCCUGCAGGGAGGACCGGCUGACGGCUUGUUAUUUGAGAAUGACCGCGUGGUGCAGGUGAACGCCAUCCCCAUGGACGGGGCCACCCACACCUUCGCCGUCCAGACCCUCAGGAAGUGUGGCAAAGUCGCAAAGAUUACAGUGAAGAGGCCCCGGAAGGUUCCGGUCAACCUGCUGAACCGUCCGUCCUCACCCGAUGACAGAGUCUUCAACAAUGACUACAAUGAUGAUUACAACUACGACCAGGACCGCCGCAGUGUGUACAGCGGACGGGACCACAGCCCGGAGAGGGAGAGAGGCGGAGGCUACAUGGAUUCUGGCUACCAAACUCACGAGCGUGACCACGACAGGGACUACGACCGGAGGGAACGCGGCAGGAACCCGGAGAGAGACCUCAGCCCGGACCGGCCGUACAAGAGAGACGGCAGCAGAGGUCGCACUUUAGAUAAAGAGCGCAGUCCGGAACGCCCCUACAGGAAUGACAAAACGCUCGACCGCGACUACAGCCCGGAUAGAAGAUACCGCAGCGAGCGUACGUUAGACCGAGACCACAGCCCCGAACGCCGCUACCGCAGCGAACGAGCCCUCGAUCGCGAGAGCCCAGACCAUCGCUUCCGCAAUGAGAAAACCCUGGAACGCAACAACAGCCCCUACAGGCGUGACAGCCCGGGCAGAGGCCACGGGCGCGACCACAGCUUUGAACGAGGAAGGGAACGCAUCCCCAGUGACCCGAGGAAGUACGACGAGCCGGUGAGACGGAGCGGGAGCAGGGAUCGCCUGGAGCGCUCGCCGUCUCCUGCCGCCAUGCCCAUCCCGCUGCCUCGACCGGCCCGGGAUCUGGAGCCGCUGGAGAAACCGCUGAACGUGCUGCUGCUGAAGAAACGACCCAACGAAGAGUACGGUCUUCGUCUGGGCAGCCAGCUCUUCAUCAAGGAGAUGACCAGCACUGGACUCGCCAGCAGAGACGGGAACCUGCAGGAGGGAGACAUUAUACUGAAGAUUAACGGCACGGUGACGGAGAACCUGUCCCUCAGCGACGCGGGGAAGCUGAUCGAGAAGUCUCGCGGGAAACUGCAGCUGGUGGUGCAGAGAGACAAGCAGCAGGUGCUGAUCCGCGUCCCCCCGAUGGCCGACAGUGACUCUGAGCUCGAUGAUAUCUCAGAGAUCGAGUCCUACCGCUCCUACUCGCCACAGGACGACAGGCGGGGCCACCACUCCGACCUCUCCUCCCACUCCUCCAAUGAGAGGCUGCGAGAGAAGCCCAGCAGGGAGGAGCCGCCCAACAGGCUGGCAAAGAUGGGCGCCAUGCCAACGCCGUUCAGAGUGCCCGACAGAGCCGCAGAAGACACACCCCCUUUGCUGCCAGAGAGGGAGGAGCUACCACCAGAGACACCUCCAGUGAAACCAGUCGUCGCUGCAGCCCCAAAGUUUCAUGCUCCUCCUAAAGUGCCACUAAAGCCAAAUACAGAGGACCAGGAAGUGUACGGACCGAACACAGUGAUGGUGCGUUUCCAGAAAGGCGACAGCGUGGGCCUGAGGCUGGCGGGAGGAAACGAUGUCGGCAUCUUCAUCGCCGGCGUUCAGGAGGACAGCGCGGCCGAGAAGGAGGGUCUCCGCACGGGGGAUCAGAUCAUGAAGGUGAACAACACUGACUUCAGAGGGAUGGUGCGUGAGGACGCUGUUCUCUACCUCCUGGAGGUUCCUAAGGGAGAAGACGUGACCAUUCUUGCUCAGAGUAAACCUGAAGUGUACAAGGACAUUUUAGCGUCUGGCCGAGGCGACUCGUUCUUCAUCAGGACUCACUUUGAGUUCGAGAAGGAGGCGCCGCAGUGUCUCCCUUUCUCCAGAGGAGAGAUCUUCAAGGUGACGGACACGCUUUACGAUGGCAAACUGGGCAACUGGCUGGCGAUCCGCAGCGACAAAGACAACCAGCUGUUAGAGAAAGGAAUCAUCCCCAACAAGAGCAGGGCAGAGCAAAUGUCCAAUGUCCAGAACGCUGCUCGAGCGGCAUCGGGCAACGACAGAGGAGACUUCUGGAGGCUGAGAGGUCAAAGAGCAGCGAAGAAGAAGGAUAUCCGCAAGAGCCGAGAGGACCUGAGCGCCGCUCCGGUCACCACCCGAUUCCCCGCCUACGAGAGAGUGGUCCUACGUGAAGCUGGAUUCAAGAGGCCUGUGGUGGUUUUCGGGCCCAUUUCUGAUACAGUAAAUGAAAAACUGGCCAAUGACAUGCCGAGCAAGUUUGUCGUCGCCAAAACGGAGCCUAAAGACGCAGGAAGUGAGAAAUCCUCCGGAGUGGUGAGACUCAACACCAUCCGACAAAUCAUUGAGCAGGACCUCCACGCCCUCCUGGAUGUGACCCCCAAAGCCGUGGACACUUUGAACUACACGCAGUGGUAUCCCAUCGUCAUCUUCCUGAACCCGGACAGCAAGCAAGGCAUCAAGACCUUGAGGAACCGCAUCGCCCCCGGAUCCAGCCGCAGCGCACGCAAGCUGUACGAGCAGUCCGUCAAGCUGAGGAAGACGUGCACUCACCUGUUCACCGCGACCAUUGACCUGAACUCGGCCAACGACGGCUGGUACGGCAGCGUGAAGGAUUCUAUUCAGGAGCAGCAGGACCGAGCCGUGUGGGUGUGUGAGGGCAAGCUCGAAGGUUCGGAGCAAGACCUGGAUCUCCAUGACGACCGCAUGUCCUACCUGUCGGCAAUGAGCGCCGACUACCUGAGCAUGGACAGCCGCCUGACCAGUGACUACGAAGACACCGCGGACGAGGGCGGGGCUUACACGGACAACGAGCUGGACGAGCCCCAGGACGAGCCUCAGCCCGUGUCGGCCAUCAGUCGAUCGUCAGAGCCGGUGCUGCCGGACGAGAAGCUUGACCCUGAGCCUCGGGCCCGUAUGCGGAGGUCAGGGAGCAGAGAGAAGCAGAACAGAGACCCCAGCCCUCCCCCUUCUUUUGUCCCUGAACCCCCGAAGGUGCGGGCUCAGACCCGGACCGACUCCACGCGGAGCUAUGACUCCCACUCCAGCAGCACCAUCAGCAGCGACGCACUGGGCGGGAACAGGCCGCUCCCCCCUCCCGUGGCCCUGAAGCCCCCCGUCCCCCGCAUGCCCUCAGAGGAGCCGACUCCGGGACGAGAGGAGGACGACCCCGCCGCCAAAUCCUUCCUGGGCAAGAAUCAGAUUAAGGCGUUUGAGAAGAUGGACCACUUGGCUCGAGCUCAGCGGAUCCUGGAGCUGCAGGAGGCGGAGAACGCUCGAUUGGAAAUCGCCCAGAAGCAUCCGGACAUCUACGCCAUCCCAGUGAAGCUGCCAAAGCCCAACCUCAACCGUCCCCAGCCAAUCGGCUCCAGCUCGAACCCUGAGCCCCAGGCGCCGUCCAGGCCGUCGUACUCGGAGACGAGAGGAUACGAGGACGAGGAGGCGGAGUACCGCCGGCAGCUGGCCGACCAGACCAAGAGAGGCUACUACAACCCUCAGAAAUACAAAGACACUGAGCUGUGAGGCCCCCCCCGAAACCAGGACAUGACAUCAUCACCGCACGCCGCUCCAGUCAACCCCCCCCCUCCCACGCCGUCGCUACAAGUGCUCAGAGCUCGUCACCGUGGUAACAGCUUACGCAGCUUUACCUCAAUGUAAACUUUAAACUUUUGUUUGUAGUCGGAUUCCUGGAAAGAUAUUAGUCUCAGCACUGUUGUCUCCCCUCAUGUUGUACUUCAUAAAUACACCAACGGUUUACGCUUGUAGUCUUUAUGUGUCUGGAGAGGUUUUUUGUUACGGGCGAGUUUGUGAUUUAAAUCCUGUUACAGCGACGCUCAGCUUCUCAUGUUCUCCUGUUACACUCGGGUUUGAUUCUGGAAUAUUUCGAGGUGUGAAAUUUGAGGCAGAGUUGUGCUCUCUGGGUUCCAGUUGAUUUGUAAUAUAAAAUAUAUAUAUACUAGCACCGUGUAUAAUAUUAGAAACAUUUUAAACUUCCUAUACAAGUCGAGCAAAGAGACAAAUGGCUUUUCCAACUUUAGUUUGGAAAGAAAAGAGUUUUAACUUGGAACUAAAAGAUCAAACACCUCUUCAAAGCCAACGCCCCUCUCUCUGCAUAUUAAUGAAAACCUCCUGGAUCUGCUCUAAAUAUGAAAUGAGUUCUUCCUCGAGUCCCGUCCCUCCACAUUGUUCAGUGGAGAUUGGUUCUGUAGUUGUUGAGUAACUCUGCAGACGAACAAAGAUGCAGCGAGGAAAACACAAGUUCCCCGGUGGAGGUAGAAAGGAUUAAAAAUGAAACACAUCUUCCUCCAGAUGUUCAGUCUUUGAAUUAUCUAGAAAUGCCCUCAGAUCAGUUUUAACAGGCCUCUGCGUGUUUCCCACCUGGACAAUGAAUCAUUGAUGAGAACAGAUGAUCAACUGUGGACGUAACAAUGAGACACAUGAGAAGCUGAAGCCGACGAGCAUCAAUCUGAAACCCAGCUGAGCUACUGGGAGCUGAACGCGGGUUUGGUUUACUGUUCACUGGUCUGUGUUACACAACCUGAGCUCCAGACUGAUCCACAGCGCCCCCUGCAGCCACACAGUCACACUGUCGGGCUGCGGCGCUGUGACUCGUUGCUCUCACAGCUGCUCUGGGGUCAGAUUGACGUUCCUCCUGUCGUCGUCUCUCCUGCAUCACCUGUAAAUACACUACUCUGUAACGCGUGUGCUCGGGGGUGCAGCAUAUAUCUAAGUGCCUUGCAGCUCGGACUUUACUUCAGUUAUUCACAAACUGCAGGAAGUUUCUAAACGAACCUGAAGCUCCAGAAAAACGCUGCGGAAAAACACGCUUCUGUCAAAAUCGACCAAACAUACGUUGUAGAUAGUUUCUUUUUUGUUUGUUUAGCUGUAAUUAUGAGAUACAGAAAUGUGUUAUUAAAGAAAUGUCAGUAUCUUCAUGUUGAUGAUUACAAGAUGUAAACGAUUAGAAGAUCUAGAAAGAAAACCCUGUUAGACUCUUGUCAACAGGACGUCCAGAUGAUUUUAGUUUCCAGCGCCACACAAACCUGACGCUCCUGAGUUCUUAGUCUGUAACACGGAGACAAUCACGUUUUUAUGGCUUCUAAUGUUUUUAUAUUGAAUCUUUGCUGAACUCGCUCGAGUCUUUGUACACUGGAGUUUGGGGAACGUGGUGAUGACAAUCAUGUUUGUUGAUCCGCUUCUUUUAAAUGUCUGUCUGUGAUUUACAUUUCUUUUCCUUUUUUUUUUUUUAGUUUGUGAUCUCAAGUGUUACAGGAAAUUAAAUAAAUAAAUACUUUUUUUUUUUA